UAGUCGGGCUACCAUGAUGUGCAAAUUUCAUGAUAAAGAAUAGUCCAUUCUACGUCAAAAGCUCUCUUGAUGUGUAUUUGAGCUCUUGGGGUGUGUGGCGAGAUGUCGCUUCUUUCGUCUGACAACAAGAUAAAUUACUCGAGAGCAGAAAAUCAAGAAAAGGUAACUUUAAAUCUUAAACCAAAGCAGAACUUUGAGCAACAAAAGAUGCUCUUCAACGUUGAUAAGAACUUGCAGCGAUCGGCCGAUGCAAACAGGUGCCCUAUCACGGUUCUGUGAAUUAAUUUUCUACGUUGUAAGACGAUUGUAUUACCUUUUAAUUUUAUGCAGGAGAUUCGGUGGAAGAUGAGUGAUCUUGAAGAAACGGGUGGCAAAGGGUUUGUGUUUCCCUAACUCAAAUGCAUGGAGCUCUGCAGACGCAGACUUGAAGAAUAUAAAAUACUUGUGCAUUCUUAUGGGACCACAGUUCUCAUUUUUGCCAUUUUGAACUUGGCGUUUGCUGUAGUGGCAAUCUUUGCCAAUAUCCUGGCUAUUGGAGCUUUAUGGAGAGCAUCAUCUAUACCAAGUACCUUGAAAAAACUCUAUCUAAGCCUUGCCGCCUCUGAUCUUGGCGUGGGCGUUCUCGCUCAGCCUAUGUAUGGUAUAGUCAUAUUAGAACUUUUGAAGAAGGAAAGCAAUGAAAGAGACAGCUCUGACUUUUUAUGUCCCAUCAUCUUGACUGUAAAUUAUUUUUGCAUAUAUCUUCUCACCAGCGCAUCUUUCCUUACGAUGAUCGCCAUCGCUGUGGAUAGACUUCUUGCGAUAUUUCUUCACCUGCGAUACAGAGAACUCGUUACUCCUGGUCGUGCUGUUACAUUUUUGAUCACUUUGUGGUCGACAAGCUUUGCCGUCGCUUUCCCCGUGAACAUUUCCAUUCCUACGCAGAAUCAUCUGGUGGUAGCCAUUUUUCAAUUUGGUGGACUUUUCGUGACAACCGUUGUCUACAUUUACACUUGCAAAGUCGUUCGUUAUCAUCGUAUUAAGAUACUUGACCAAUGUUAUUUUCGAAAUCGUCAAGCGAUGGAAGCUCUCCGAGAAAAGAAGUCAAUGAUAAAUUCCUUGUUUAUUCAAAUUGUUUUUGUGGCUUGUUAUCUGCCAAACUUGUGUUCCAUAAUUUUUCUGACAGUGAGCCAUUAUCGAUCCACAUCUUUGGCAGCGCAUCAUGUCUCUUCGUUUCUCGUUCUUCUGAAUUCAUCAAUCAACCCCUUCGUUUACUGCUGGAGAUAUCGCGAGCUUCGAGAAAUCGUGAAAUGCAUGAUGAAGAAACUCAUCAAGCUUCCCACGCAACCAUCGAAUGAAUAAAGCGUUGAUUCACAUUGAGGAUAUAACGUGUGUAUUUGAUAAUAAACGUUUAUCUUACGAAACCCUAAGCACUAGGUACCCUAAGAACUUAAUUUUACAGGUUCAAGUGUAAAAUGCCCAAGGCCAUAUCAUACUCGUCAAGAUAAUUGGAGCAGUACAAACUUAUGCAUGCACAAUC